GCUCACGCCGGCCGGCCGGGAGCGGACGGGCCGGUCGAUCCAUCCUGGUCGUCGGCGUCGUCGUCGUCGUCGCCUCCAGAAGCACGAGCCCAGCAUAGCACGGCCACAGAAUAUUCCACGUCCCUUCCCUUUGCGCCCCAGCAGCAAUAAAAAAGCAAGCCAAUCCCCCACCCCUCCUCCUCUUCCUCCGAUUAAUCAAACCGCGCCGCGGCGGCGGCGAGCGUGCGACCUACGACCACCAGACGACCCAACCGACCCACUGACCCACACCACCGGAGAGCUCUUCCUUUUACGUCAAUCAACCGAACCCAGUUAAAGAACCUCUUAAUUGCCCGCCAGGAGAUCCGCCAGGCUUAUCUUCUCCGUCUCCUCCGACCUCACCUCGCCCCCUCGCCCCGCGGCUUCUGGGCUCCUUGGCGCCAAAAUCCCCGCUUCCGAUCCCAGGCGUUCAGGAAACAAGGGGCCUUUCAUUCAGCGAUUCCUGCCAGUGUCAGUUCGCCAUGGGGGGCUGUGUGGGCAAGGGUCGUAGCAUUGUGGAGGAAAAGCUUGAUUUCAAAGGUGGAAAUGUGCAUGUCAUAACAACCAAAGAGGACUGGGACCAGAAGAUUGAAGAAGCAAACAAGGAUGGGAAAAUAGUUGUGGCAAACUUCAGCGCUUCGUGGUGUGGGCCAUGCCGUGUCAUUGCACCUGUUUAUGCUGAGAUGUCCAAGACUUACCCUCAACUCAUGUUCUUGACAAUUGAUGUUGAUGACCUAAUGGAUUUCAGCUCAACAUGGGACAUCCGUGCAACCCCGACGUUCUUCUUCCUCAAAAACGGCCAGCAGAUCGACAAGCUCGUCGGAGCCAACAAACCUGAGCUCGAGAAGAAAGUACAAGCUCUUGGUGAUGGCAGUUGAACCAUGCUACAGAAUUAGAACAGAGCCAGCUUGUCAUUGCUUAUAUAUCUGUAUUGCCAUGCUUGUGUGUCUUAUGUGUUGCAUGAUAGUUUCCUGGUGUACAGUUUCCGUGUCUUUUCCGUCUAGACAAUGUUUUACAAUUUUGCGACACGCAUAUGCAUAUGCUGUGAAACUGUAAGAUGACCCUGCUGGUAAAAUGCUAGUUUUGUGAGAGUGUCA